AUGGAGCAGCGCAAAGUCAAGCUUACUCUGAACGACCAAAUCUCUGAAUGUUCAGUAGCUGAGAACACUACGAUUGCUGAGUUAAAAAGAAUAGCGGAAGAAAGAUACUUGCAUCAGUCCCGUUGUGACAAUCAAACACUAACUUUACUCCAUAUGGGAGAGAUACUAACCAAUGAAGUAUCACUAGCCGAGUUGGCCAAAAAGACUAAUAAUUCAGAAAUCACGAUCGAAAUCAAAAGAAUGCCCCGAGAAACUCAAGAAAGAGAUAACCAAGCAAGUACAGAUACAAAAACGGCUAUCAUAAACACCCCGCCUAUUAAAAAAUUGAAUAUGGCAGACUCAUCUCCUCUCUCUAACCAGGCAAAAGAAGAACCACUAGCUAACUUGGACACGGCCAAAGAGAAUCAAAACCACGCGUCAAUCCGAUCUGAAGUUAACUCGUCCCCUAACGAGACACAAGAAGCCAGCGACCGAUCUGUUUGGGUCAAAGAUGGCACUGGGAAGCUUUAUGCAGUCCCACGUUCUUCUUUAGUCUCCUUUAAUGGGAAGCUCUAUAUGCUCCGUAAGAGGCAAAGAACAUCCCAACGUCUUCAACAACUAAUGUCCCAACUACCGCAACUAUCAACUAUUCUAACCUACUUAGUGGUUACGACGCUUUUUACUAUCUAUAUGAACAAGAUCUUCUUUGCUAUUUUACUAGGUCUUUUAGCCCUCUGCAGUUUAGAGAAGAUCCGGCUCAAAAUGGAGUUCAAAAGAAGUGAGCCAAUCAAAAACAUUGGCAAGCACAUUAUCUCUUUCUUUGUCUCUAUUUUACUUAACCCAGGAUACAACUUAACUGUGUAUAGCACCAGUUAG